AUGGACGUAUCGAAUAUAGUGCUUUCUGCAAGGAAGAGGCUCCAAACGGCAGCCUUCACCGUCGUAUCAGUAUUCAGCGUUCUACGGAGUAUUUUGGUGUGGAUGGAGCUUCAUUUAAAACUUGGAGAGCAGUAUGAGGGCGGCAGAUAUAUUCCUGAGAGUGCUAGUACCACCAAGCUCAAUUAUGCGUCUAGUAUACAGCUAACAUUCAGCAGUGCUCUGCUCAUCCUGAGCCUGGUCUCCUUUGUUCCGCAAUACCGCCGCAUUCUCUCGCGCGGCGACAGCUCAGGCAUAUCCAUCCAGUACAUUCUCUUCAACGCAAUCGUUGCCACCGAGCAGUUCGCCUUUGGGCUGCAUUUUAUCGUUGAUAAUGCGGAGAUAGGAGACACCAUCGUGGCCAGUCCGCCCACAGCUGGCGACUGGCUUAAUUUCCUCCAAUUUACUGUCGUCUGUGUCUGCUAUUUAGGCCUAUUCAUAUUGUGUUUCUACUAUCCAUCGGAGCAGGCUGGAGAAAAGCGUACUGCCUUGACGAUCUACAUUACCUUUUUCCUAAUCUCGGUCGUACCUGUGAUCGUCGAGUCCGCCCUCCCGGCACGCCGCGACGACGUCGAGCAAGACCGACGAUGGUUCUCGGCCAUGUUCUCGGGCGUGCAUAUGAUCUUCGUCCACCCCAUUGUCACGCUUCUUGGCUUCGCCUCGCUGUUUGCACAGGCCCGCGAGACACUCUCGCGCUCGUCUCCAGGCGCGUUAAGUCCUCUGGGUUUGGCGGCGCAGGCGGUGGUUUUCGCUGCUGUUGCGCUGUACUGGCCGUUUAGGAUGACCAUACCGGAGGAGUUUUGGAGAAUGUCUCCGUGGAAUAGACUUGUCGCCUGGUACCAGCUGGUUGGCUGGGCCACUGUCGAUAACACUAUUUUUGCUCUUGUCCAGGCAAUCCUAUUCUGGAUUGCGACGCGCCGGACGGGAGAUAACCUGGGGCUAACGAGUGAUGAGACUGCUCCUCUAUUGCACAGCUAG